CUUCCGAUCUAGGAUUGCGCAGAGGCGACGGGAAGCUCCGUCCCCGCUGUCGCCCCGUCGUCUCUCUCUCACCGUCGCUCCCUCACCAUCGACAUGGCCGGUCAGUCAAGUUCGUUGUCGUCCCAAGGCGAAGGAGGGUACUACUUGAUGGGAUGCCUCAAGGACGUACCAACCCUCAGGGGUGACAACUACACUGAGUGGAGAAAGAAAGUGGACAUGGCCUUUGUUUGUGCCGAGAUGGACUGGGUGGUUGACACUCCACAGCCACCAAACCCUACAGAGCCAGUCAGGGAUGCAAAAGAUGAUGACGAUGCUUGGGAGAAAAAGAAGAGGAAGUAUGCUCCAUUGGAGAUGUCAUACACCCUCGAGAACAAAAAGUGGCUCACCGCCAAUAAAAAGUGCAUGGCUUUCAUAAAGAACACAAUUGAGCACGUUAUUGUGGGCUCAUUUGCAGCGUGUGCU